AUGGAGCCUUCAGUGUUGGAUACCCAGCUAUUUACUCAACUAGCUCUCAGGAAAUGUAACUCCAUCUCUAGUAUUCGACAAAGAACGCCUUCCUUUGGCAGAAUCCAGACUAAAUCCAUUCGAAGUACACGCACGCUGGAUUCAACUUUCAUGGCCGAUUAUCACAAUGAGCUUGAUACUCUUCGACGCAAAUGGGAAUCGCGCGUAUUUCAGUUUUGGGGAACAUAUUGGGAUAGAUCUCCUAUCCCCGAAAGUCUAGGCCAAGAAUACCUUGCGACAAAUCGACAGGAUUCUUCUCACGUGCAACUUCAGUCGCCUGAGCCGGCCCAAACGUCAAAAGAUUAUCCUCCGAGGUUCUCAAUAUUCGGCAGAGAUCUACGGCAGUGGCACAUGUAUCUGGAGUUGAAGAGACAUCAAGCCAAAGCUGUUAUCUUGAAGCGGAAGAUUGACCAUAAAUAUCGACACGAACUUGGAUUGCGUAAAUGCAAAACUAGCGCUGAAGAUUUUCCAGUUGACAUCAAUGAUCUGGCUUGUUUCUGGGAACCCUGGUACGUGACGGAGUAUCAGCCAAGCCCAUACAUGAGGCAGAAGGCCGGGACAAAUUACACGAUCAGAGAGUAUUACUCAUCUGAUCAUCGACUACGAUUAAGGAAAGUCCAUCUUGAUGGAUGA